AUGCAUUUUCAACCUUUUCUUAGACAUACCCGCUUUCUCCCAGUCAAAUUCGGUAUGUUAUCCCUUAUCUUUAUCGCGAUUACGGUAUGGCGGCUGAAGCAUGGAUAUUUCCAACCGUUUAAGUCCGCCAGCCAGAAAUUUGUCACAUCAACCGAGAAAUUAUAUCUUUCUGGAUUUUCGUCCGAUGGAGACGUGGAAAAAAUUGGAUGCGACGACCUCAGACAGACUGGCUAUCUGGAUAUCGAACGAAGCAUUCUGCUGCACGACAACAUCACCCAAAUCGCCCUUAGCGUUUCGUCCCAUCCAAUGAUCCAGGAGAUACUGGAUCAAACUGCGCAUGGUGUGAAGAUUUUCGAGCCUCAUGAUCUAAUAGAGAGCCAUUUGUCUCAAUUCGCAGGAUCAGGAGUCUGGCUAUCCCAGCUGAAUGUGUAUAUUGUGGCCUCGCGCGUGGUGUACACAGCUCCUGGAACCUCCUGGCCGACAAUCAGUUUCUUAAGAGGGAGAGUCUUUGAUAAAAGUUGGAGACACUUGGAAAACUACACCAUUGACUGGUAUGGAAAAACGACGACCUUUCCGCUGCUAUUCGAGAUACCGACAGUAUGGUGGAAGGAUGGAAGCUUCUUUGGCCCUGAGGAUCCACGCAUCGUCUUAGAAGAAGGGGUUCAAGGUGCCGAGCCGAUUAUUGUUUUCAAUAUGAUCUUGAACGCUACGGGCUAUCCCCGCGUCAUGUGGAUCUUCAAGCCUUUCUCCCGUAUCAUCUCCUACUUAAGGAUUUGA